AUGUCGAUCAAACGGGCCCUUUCCAAGGCCAUUCGAGGGCCAUUCGGAGAGCAUGACGAAGAGAAUCCCGGCUCCAAUACUCGUCUUCCGCAUAUGCCCAGAAUCUCACUCUCCCGUGAUGAGGGCUCGCCCACUGCCUCUCCUCGCCGCAGCAUUCUGGGCAAUUUCUUCCGCGACCGCGACUAUGUUUCAUCCUCCGAGGACUUUUCUGAUGAUUCCUCUUCCGGAGCCUUGAGUAAGAAUCAACAAAAGCGAUUGGUACGCGAGCAGCGACGUACAGAACGUAGUCGUCUCAGUGAGGAAGCUUUCUCAGAGUCGGAUCACCGCCGCAAAGAAGAGGAAAUUGCCAAGGCUGCUGCGGAGGAGACACCAGAGAUGAAGGCUCGAUAUGGCGAGUUACCUUUGAUGCAGUCGCAGGAUCGACUGCGGGAAGCGCGCACCCCACUCGAUGAUAUUACCGCGGAAAUGGUCGGCCAGCAGAUCUACUUCACGGCCCGACUGCACGUAGUGCGCCGCAUGAGCGCCAAGCUGGUCUUCUUGGUGUUCCGCCAGCAGCUGAGCACCUUCCAGGGUGUCCUGCAUGAGCGCGCGGGAAUCUCUUCGGUGGCAAUGGUGCAAUGGGCGGAGCACCUGCGUGUGGGUUCGUUCCUCCGGGUUCGCGGCACGCUCCAGAAGCCCGAAGUUCCCGUUCUUGGCUGUAGCAUUCACGAUGUUGAGCUGGCUAUUGAUUCUGUGCACUUGCUCGUCAAGCGCGAGGAGCCGGUGCCUUUCAGUGUUUACGAGGCGGAGAUUCGGACCAAUGAGGAGGACAAGGUGGAGGGUCGUCGCAGUCAUAUCCCUGACCGAACACGUCUGAGCAAUCGUCUGCUUGAUCUGCGGACAGCCACUUCGCAGGGUAUCUUCCGCCUCCAGUCGGCCACCUGCAACCUCUUCCGCAGUGCCCUAGAUGACCAAGGGUUCAUCGAGAUCCACACCCCAAAGCUCCAGGGCGCUGCCACCGAAUCUGGCGCCAGUGUGUUCCAGGUCAAUUACUUUAACCGCCCCGCAUUCUUGGCCCAGUCUCCCCAGCUGGCGAAGCAGAUGGCCAUUGCGGCUGACUUUGGUCGUGUCUAUGAGAUUGGUGCCGUCUUCCGUGCGGAGAAUUCCAAUACCCACCGCCACUUGACUGAAUACACCGGUCUCGAUAUUGAAAUGGCCAUUGAAGAGCACUACCACGAGAUGCUCGAGACCAUUGAUGCAACCAUUAAGAAUAUUCUGAAGGGUAUCUACACUAAAUUCCGCCGAGAGAUCGACGUCGUCAAGCAUCAAUUCCCCUCUGAGGACGUCAAGUGGCUGGAGACGACUCCUGUUAUUCGCUUCUCGGAUGGCAUCAAGAUGCUUAAUGAGUCAGGGUGGCGUGAUGAGGAGGGCAACGAGUUGCCUUUGGACGAGGACCUGGCGACUCGUGACGAGAUUCGCCUCGGUCAGUUGGUCAAGGAGAAAUAUGACACUGAUUAUUACAUCCUUGACAAGUUCCCUCGUGGUGCUCGUCCCUUCUAUACUAUGCCUGACCCAGAAGACGACAAGUACACAAACUCGUUUGACAUGUUCGUCCGCGGACAGGAGAUCGUGUCUGGUGGUCAGCGUAUCCACGAUCCUCACAUGCUUGAGGAAAACAUGCGCGGUGUGGGAAUCAACCCAGAUGAUAUGGAGGAGUAUCUCGAAGCAUUCCGCUGGGGUGCUCCGCCUCACGCUGGUGCAGGUGUUGGCCUGGAGCGUUUACUGAUGCUCAUCCUUCAGGUGGGUAACAUCCGACUCACCUCGAUGUUCCACCGCGACCCGAAGAGUCUGCCCGCCAAGGCACCAGUCCAGACGCUUCGUCACCCCGAAGCAUCGACCACUGAACCGGUGUGGCUGAAAGAACACCACCGCCGCAUUGCCCAGAACGCAGAUGAGCUGCCGCCCUUGGAGAAGAUUGUUGCAAACUAUGGUGACGCAACCUCUACAUCCUGGUUUGAUGACCGAUACAAGAUUUGGCGUGAUAUGAGCACUGGUGCCGCCGUUGCCUAUGUGCCCAGCUCCAGCAACUUCGUGAUCGUCCCCGGUAACCCGGCAUGUGAUCCCAGCCAGUACACUCGUACCAUCACACAGUUCCUCCAGUGGCUGCGUCGUGACACCAAAUACAAGCCUGUCUGGAUCCUCUGCUCUCCUGAGGUUGAGACCAUCCUUGGCGAGCGAUUAGGCUGGCGCAGUCUGUCCUGUAUCGCUGAGGAGCGAGUUGACCCCCAGCGCAACCAGGCCGCUUCCGACGGAGAGAUUGCCCGCAAGCUGCGUCGUGCCGAAACUGAGGGCAUCAAGGUGGUCGGAUUCAAUCAGGGCGAGCUACCCGAAGAAGAGGUGCGCAACAAGAUUGAUGCCCGUAUUAGCGAGUGGCUUGCAAACCGCAAGGGCACUCAGGUCCACUUGUCAGAAAUCCGGCCAUGGUGUGAUUCGGAACACCGCUGGUACUUCUAUGCUCAGGACAGGGCCGGCAACAUCUGUGCUUUCGUUGCGCUAGUCAUGAUCUCUCCCUCCCACGGCAUGCAGGUCAAGUACAGCUUGGACUUCCCUGGCUCACCUAAUGGUGUCAUUGAGUAUAUCGUUACCCAUGCCAUCCAGACCGCCGCCAAGACCGGUGUCAAGGGUCUCACCUUCGGUGCUGGUGCUACCGCCCGCCUUACUCCAGGUCACAAUCUGCACGGUGCCAAGAUCAAGAUGCUGGAGCACACUUACGAAGCUCUUGCUAAGCAAUUCCACCUGGUGCGAAAGAGUGAGUUCCGUGCUAAGCUCGGUGCCACUGAGGAUCCUCUCUACAUCUCUUACCCCGCACACGGCCUUGGCUCCAAGGGUAUUCGUGCUAUCCUGAACUUCUUUGAGGAUUAA